AUGGUUUCUAAAGGGAUUUCGAUUGUAAUCUUAGGACCUCUGUCAGGAUAUAUUCGAGACGUUACUAAUAGCUAUCCUUUGUUUAUCCAUUGCCAAACUGUUCUAAUGAUUUCGGUAUUAAUUGCUUGGAUUGUAGAAAUAGUCAUCUUAAAGUCUAGAAAGAAUAAGCAGGCAGUCCUAGAUGUAUUACAUAGAGAAACUGAAGACAAAGUAACACUGAAAAAAGUAUGA